AAGCGGAGCCAUUUACCACAGCAAUGUCAGCCCAAUCCGAGGCUGGGGAAAUGCACAUUGCACGGUCCUUGUGUGGACCCAUCGCAGCACAGAAAAUAACGGCGCGAGUAGGCUACUACGGAGCGAUGGCACCGCCGACUGAUGCGUCUUCAGCACAGCCUCACGGAUCCCAGGAAAAAACACUCGUGGGAAUUUAAAGAUGCAUUGAUUUAGCAUAUUUGAAUGCAUCGCAUCAACUCCGCUCACGCCACCAAAACGUGAUUGAUCUGAUGAUGGUUUUCUAGAACAUACUGUUCAGUUUUGGCCAUCACAACAGACUGAAGAUCCGAUCCAUCACCGAUGCGUUAAUCGCAAGUCCGUCACAGUGGUGCUAAUAUUAUCUUCUCGACAUCGGAAUAAGAACAUCUGUUGUGAUUCAUAGGAGCCAGUUGCACCAGCUCUAUAGUAUUCGAGCAUCCUUCCGCCAGUGCAUCAUCAUCAUCAUCAUCAUCAUCGCGCCCUGCAGCUCCAUCGCAAGAGGGAGGAUCCGCAGAGGAGCUCUCUGGGCAACACUACACACACAAUCAGAGGAUGCUUUGGAUGUAAAAUAAAUAACGAUGGGGAAAGAUCAGGAAUUACUUCAAGCGGUGAAGACUGAGGACCUGAUGACGGUGCAGAAGCUCCUGCAGAGGCCCAAACCUGGGAAAGCAAAGUUGCUGGGUUCUGCCAAGAAGGUGAACGUCAACUUCCAGGACACUGAUGGAUUUUCACCACUGCACCAUGCAGCUCUCAAUGGAAAUGUGGAGGUUAUAUCACUGCUGCUGGAGUCUCAGGCCAUAGUGGACAUCAGGGACCAGAAAGGGAUGCGGCCUCUGCAUUAUGCAGCAUGGCAGGGAAAGUCAGAGCCCAUGAAGUUGCUACUGAAGUCAGGCUCCUCAGUGAACGGUCAAUCUAAUGAGGGUCAGAUCCCCCUGCACCUGGCUGCUCAACACGGACACUAUGACGUAUCUGAGAUGCUUCUGCAGCAUCAGUCGAACCCCUGCAUAGUGGACAAUGGUGGGAGGACCCCACUGGACCUGGCUUGUGAAUUCGGCCGGGUUGGGGUGGUCCAGCUGCUACUGAGCAGUAACAUGUGUGCAGCUCUAUUGGAGCCCAAGCCUGGAGAUUCGACUGAUCCCAACGGCACCAGCCCGCUGCAUCUCGCUGCCAAGAACGGACACAUCGACAUCAUUAGAUUGCUGAUCCAGGCUGGGAUCGACAUCAACAGGCAGACCAAAGCGGGCACUGCCCUCCAUGAGGCUGCGCUGUGUGGGAAGACUGAUGUGGUGCGCCUCCUGCUGGAUAGUGGCAUCAAUGCAACAGUGAGAAACACAUACAGCCAGACAGCGCUGGACAUCGUCUACCAGUUCACUGCUACACAGGCCAGCCGAGAGAUCAAGCAGAUGCUGCGAGGUAAGAAAAGGGAUGCCUCAGCAGCCUUGCAGGUCAGGGCACUGAAGGACUACUGUAACAAUUACGACCUGACUAGCCUUAACAUAAAGGCUGGAGAUGUCAUCACGGUUCUGGAGCAACAUUCAGACGGAAGGUGGAAGGGCUGCAUCCAUGAUAACCGCACAGGAAAUGACAGAGUGGGCUACUUCCCCUCCAGCUUGGUGGAAAUGAUCAGUAAGAGGCCUGGGGCUGCGGGUUCAUGGAGUACAGUCACUUGUACCCAACAGUAUCAAAAGAUACAGCUCUGUGUGCCGGUGUGCGGCCCUGUGUCGCCCGCCGUUGCCAUGGUGAAUGGGGACUCGUAUCAUGAGAUUCAUAUCCUGCCGCCUCCUCCACCUCCGCCACCACAUUCCCAUCUGCCACUUUUCACUUCCUUUGGCUAUAGCAGGUCCCCAAAAACCUCAGGAGAGCCGCACAGUGGACAAGAAACAAAGAAUGACCAAGAUUUGGCUAGUUCUCGCGGCUCAGAGUCCAGUCCACAUGGCUCACCCACCCCAGCUGGUGGUCCCCAGGGCAGCAGCAGCGAGGAGAUCUGGGUGCUGCGCAAACCUGUGGCAGGUGGAGACCGCAGCAGUGUGGGUAGUUCAGGCAGCGUGGCCAGUGCCAGAUCCUCUGGUAGUGGACAGAGUGCAGGCAGCAGCACUAUCCUUCAUGCACAGGCAGAGGGAGUCAAGCUUCUGGCCACGGUUUUGUCCCAGUCUGCCAAAGCUAAAGAAAACCUGCUGGAGCAGACCAAGUCUUUGGACCACCCCUCUCACGCUUCCAGCAACAAGGGACCCUCCUCACGCAGUCAGAGUAUAUCAAGCUGUCCACUUCAUGAGCAGCCGUAUGGGGAUGCGGUGUCCCAGAGGAAAGGGGAGGCGCUGCCUGAGGGGAAGAGCUCAGAGGCUGUUAUCGAAUGGCUGAGUGAAUUUCAGCUGCAGGUCUACGCUCCAAACUUCAUCAGCACCGGCUAUGAUAUUCCUACCAUUAGCCGAAUGACCCCAGAGGAUUUAACAGCUAUUGGAGUAACCAAACCAGGACAUCGAAAGAAGAUAUCUUCAGAGAUCAAUAAGAUCACUGUUAAUGAGUGGCUGUCUGACAAAAAACCGGUGAGCGAAUCGCCAGAGCCAGUCCAGGAUAGACAACGCAAUGAAACCCAGCCAAGAUCUAGUGGGAGCUCAGCAGAGAACCUUCCAUUUGCUGAGGAUGGAAACAUCACCAUCAAUCAAAGACCUAGACAGGGCAAAGAUGAGACUGAGGAGGGACUAGAAAUGUCAUACUCUUUACCCCAGGAGAACCCUUCACAUGUGGAUGCCACAGCCUCGCUGAAAAGGAUGGUCCAGAGCACCAAGCAGCAACCAAAUGGCACCAAGUUCCAUCUCACAGAGUCAAAUACGGUUAAGCGCCGCCCCAAGAGCAAAGACAAAGAUACAGAAGAACUUCAGGAUGGGCAGAUGCCCGUACCAUUUGAGAAUGGGACUGGCACCAUUAAAAGGCGCCCUGUUUCAGAAGUGACUGUUUCAGAACAGCCCAGGCCACAGGAACAUCCUGAGAACUCACCCCGUCGGGACAGUGCAGACCUGGAAGGCCAUGUUACUGAGAGUGCCCCUCGUAGGUCCGUCAAACCUCCGGUGUCCCCCAAACCAGUUCUGGCCCAGCACAUGAAGAAACAAGGACCACCAGCUGCCAUCACCAAGAAAGCCCCAUUUCCUGGACCAACUGGGGCACCUGGCAGCCCAGGUACUACACAGUGCGGCCCUUUCACUUGCCCUGUCUUUACACAAUUAUUUGAAGGAAAGAAAGUACCUCCUCCAAUUUCACCGAAACCUACACCUCCUCCCACAGCUCCCAAACCAUCCAAAAAUGUUCUGCAGUCUUUAAAUGCGACAACUAAUCCCACUCCCACGCCCUCUCCAGCCAAGCAGACUGUCACCAGAAUGGACAGCACAGCUUCUGCUCAGAACAACCCCCCUGUCAAAGCUACAACCCCACCAGCCUUGAGUGCGCAGACUCCACACACACCCCAGUCUCCUCACACCCCACAGACACCUCAAACACCCCAAACCCCACAGACACCCCAAACUCCCCAGACAUCAGGUCCCCCAACCCCCAUCCCUACACCACCACCUGUGAAGCCCCCUCGCUCUUCAAUCAGUGGGGUGUCCAUGGACAGUUCUGCUGGAUCAGCGUUUGUUGCAGGGGUAGUGACAGUAGAUGCAGUGCACCAGAAGAUAGAGGAGACCAGUGCCUCACUGGCUGCAGCCCUGCAGGCUGUAGAAGAGAAGAUCAAGGAGGAUGGGCAAAAAGACUCAUUGGCUGAAAACAAGAGCACAGUGAGCAUCCUAGACGACAUCGGCAGCAUGUUCGAUGACCUGGCCGACCAGCUGGAUGCCAUGCUGGAGUGAAGAGCACAACCUGUGUCUCUGUGGCACAACCUCAGGGCCCCGGGAGAGCACAAGGGCACAAUGACCAACAACAUACCACCUAUCCCUUCCUAAUCCUCAACCCUGGCUCCUCUCACCCCUCUUUUCUCCUCCCCUUUCCCCAUCGCCAUGAAACACCUAUCUCUCCUCUCUCCCUCCGAGUUGGUUUGCACAAACCCGAGCUGAUGUACCUCAGGACUGGGCAGAAGGCCAUCCAGGGCUUUAAACAUCAAAGACAGAGCAGAGGGUGGAGAGCAGAUGUUGGGUUUUAAUACAUAAAGCUCAACUCUCCGUCCAUGGAAUAUCUCUAUCUACUAUGAGCAAUGAGUAGUAAAAUAAUAUGAAAACAAUAAUAACUGUAUAUGAAAUAAUAGUAUGGUAUGUGUAUAUUGUAAGCAUGAGGAAAGUUUGUAUCUAUAAAGAAAAAAAUCUCAUAGUGAGAGUCAUGCAUCAGUACAGUUAUAUAUAUAUAUAAAUA